GGGCGCGCACGUCACGACACUAAACCUGGGUCCGAUGUAUGGGAGGAGGGAGGACCACGCAAUAUCAAAUAUUAGGAACAGGGUUCAAUUGACCCUGGUCUGCCACCUGGUGUGGAGGCCUUGCUGGGUGGAAGGAAACAUGAUGAGUGGGAAGAGCCUACUCCUGAAGGUGAUCCUGCUGGGGGACGGUGGAGUGGGCAAGUCCUCACUAAUGAACCGCUAUGUCACAGACCGCUUUGACUCCCAGUCCUUUCACACCAUUGGCGUGGAGUUCCUAAACCGGGACCUGGAGGUGGACGGGCGCUUGGUCACUCUUCAGAUCUGGGACACAGCCGGCCAGGAGCGCUUUAAGUCUCUGCGUACGCCCUUCUACCGAGGCGCCGACUGCUGCCUGCUCACAUUCGCUGUGAACGAUCUGCAGAGCUUCCAAAACCUUGGCUGCUGGAAGAAGGAGUUCAUGUACUAUUCGGAUGUUAAAGACCCUGAGCGGUUCCCUUUUGUGGUACUGGGCAAUAAAAUAGACAUGGAGCGAAGGGAGGUGGGAGAGGACGAAGCACGGGCCUGGUGUGAAGAGAACGGCUGCUGCCCUUAUUUUGAGACCAGUGCUAAGGAUGACACUAAUGUCACCGCUGCAUUCGAGGCAGCUGUCAGGGAGGUUCUGGCUGCUGAGGACCAGAUUGACCAUGCACUACUGAGUAGUACUAUUGAUCUCCAUGGCAACCGCAAAACCUCUCGUGCAUCUUGUUGCUGAUUGGUCAGGUCAGGUGUGACUCCACCUUGUCUUAAUGUCUCUGGCUGAAACUUGCCCAUGGCAGUUUUGAAAGACCGAGAGGUAUUUUUAAUGGUAAAUGUACUGUAGGUACAAGGUACUGAGUAUGGUAUCCCCUAAAGAUAAUGUGGAUAAGAUACAGUUGCUCUGUGGAGGGCUGUGUCAAAGAUUCAUCUGGAGUCACGGUUGUUGAAUUAUUGUGGUAACCAAGGUACAGGCCGAUGGUACAGGCACACUGUAACAGGCACACUCUUCCUUUGGACUCUGAUCUACUUUUGGCUGUGUUGCACAAAAACAUUUUCACCCAGCGUCGGCUUGGUCUGCCUAUGCAGGAGUUGUAUCAAAUAGCGCUUUCAGAGCAUAUAUCUUAAAUGAAAUCAUUAAUAUGCUCGUUAAAACAGUGGACGGGAGAAUGCGCCCCUCCUCUCUUGAAUAGCACACUCUACCUUUGGCACAGCAAUAUACGGUCAAACUUGUAUCUGCUCAGCAGUCUGUCCAUGAAGAAGUGGAGAGCUAAUGUAUUUUCUGGACACAGAUAGUGUUCCUAACCCAGGCAGAUAUUCUGCAUGUGAACCCCCAACAUCAGUAAAUGACCAAUAUGAUUUUAGGUACGAGGAAAAUGAUUGCUACUCACUAAAGUAGGAUGACCUUUUUUGUCUUGUCCGAAGGGAACUGUGAGCUUUACCUUUUGCAGCUCUUACUGUCAGCACUGGGUAUGCGCUUUUGUUGUGCCCUUAUCCCUUUGUCUGGAGGAGUCAGGUGUACAAGUUAGGCAUUAUCUCAUCAUUUCCCAUGAUUUAUGUACAUGGGCCUGUUUACGAAGUACGGUUCAGUGUUACUCGAAGUUCAAAAAUAAUACUGCUUUUGCUGCUGUUGUUGAUCAACUGCUUAUUUUUCUGUGAAGCACAUUUUGAUCCUCAGACCGACGUGUUAUUUCUUUUGCAGACAUUGUGUGAUAUUCUGUUUGAUCGAGAGUUGAUUUUAUUCUACAUAGAUGUGGUCAUCAUUUUCUAAAUUAUCAAAAAAUGUCAUAAUAUUGGCAUGUUCGUAACCCUGUGACUGCCUUUACAUUCCAGUCCUUUUGCGUUGCCUGUUCUGCAAGUUUCCUUUGCUGUACUGAUAUAACAUUACACGUUACAUGUCUGGUUAUUCUAGGUCUCAGCUGAAUGUGAAUUAACCUGAGCACAAGGAGAAAGGCCAUUACUAGUAAUGCAUGCAUUGGGCAUCACCUCUCCUGUCCAUUCAUAAAGUGUGAGUGAAACAUACAACUGAGUAUUCUAGCAAUUUAACUAUGUUUACUUGUUCUCACCGUGGUGAUACUUUACCUUCAUUUUAAUGUGUUUACACACAGGCUUCCUUGGGUUUUAUUGCUAUGGGCCAUAGCCUGUGUAGUCCAACAAAUAAUAUGCUGAUAUUCAAUGCCGCAAACUAAGUUUAACAUGGUCUAAAUUCAUUCUCAUCUGUAUUUUAUUGCAUCUAGUAAAACAUCCAAACCUGUGGAGUGUUGUUGUAGAUCUUGUGUAUUCUCUCAGCCUGAGAUUUGCCUUUUUCAAGUAAAAAGUGUCAUAUUUCAAUGCGUGUGCAGACUAAUGGUGAACGUUACAAGCGCUUCACUGUUAAAGUGAACCCAAUCUAAUCAGGUACUGUCAUAUUUACUUAUUACAUGGUUCUUUGCUUUAAUGUAGGCUCAUAAUAGCUUGUUCAUGUGGUUACUGUAGGGGUGUUGAGUACUAGUACUCACAGCAGUACGAGAGAAACUUAAUUAACUGUGAACUGAGGCCAUUUUAACAAAAUCAAGCUGGUAGCCUACAUUAAUUCAAAGCAAAAAUGAGGGCUGUUAGUUUAUCAUUUGUCAGUGUUAAUGUUUUCUGGAUUAAGCCGAAUACUUUGUCUCAACCAUUUAAAAAGAAAUAAUCAAAAAAAGAUAAUGUAGCCUAUCAGUGUUUACAUGAGAACCAGUGGGUACUUAGAAGCUGGUAGCAUAACCAUACAUGUGUCUCAUGAUGCCGUCUUCACUGCAACCCUGUUUCAUGUCAGAUUUUAUGUUGCUGUAAUAUUUAUGAAUGUAAAAAGUAAUUUCUUUGGGCUGUCCAUGUUAAUGGUGUAUGUAAAUUGCAAAGGGCAUUCAUUUUGUGAUGUACAAAAUGACACUGAACGUCUGUCUCACCCUCAGUGCUCAACCCAUGAGUGUGAUUUAAGCCGUGUGAAAGUAAGACUGUUCAUCUUGAUUAUGUGUCGAUCUAAUGUGCAACUUCCCCCUCUCUCUUUUUGCACUACGGGGGAAACAAAUGGUUGUGCCAAUAUGCUGGCAAAGCGGUGAAUACUCUCCAGUGCUUGGCUACAAAUAAAACACGCAACAUACCAAAUGGAG